AUGGCCUCCCACCGCAUCGGCGCCCGCCUCGCGGGCCUCUCGCAAGAGCAGCUGAUCGAGCUGAUCGACAAGCAGGCGCCCCUCUGGAGCGCCGCCGCGCUGCGCGUGGCGGAGGAGCACGCCGCGCAGCAUGUGGAGCAGCCCGAGUGGAUCCUCUCUGAGGUCCUCCUCUCGCCGGACCUCGCCCCGCACAUCCUCGCCCAGCUGCCAACCAAGGCGCACGCCGUCAAGGGUACGUGCCGCGCGUGGCGCCGCGGCUGGAAGGAGACGCUCGCGAAGCGCGAGAGGCCGCGCCUGCUCGCGGCGGCCAAGCACAGUAUCGUCCUGCCGCUCUCGCUACGCCGCUCGUGCGCCCCGCGCGCGUGUCGGCCUUCUCAUGCCUCCGGCCUCUGA